AUGGAAACCCUAAAUUCCAGUUUUCUCCCAAAACAAACCAUUCCAUCAUUUAAAAUCCACCAAAAACUCAACCAAAAACUCAAGAUCAUCACAGCAAACUCUUGUUUUACAACUUCUCAUCCCAAAAAAAACCCUGAAACUCUCAAAAGUCCACCCACCAAAAAGAGAAGAAACCAAUCCUUCCUUGCAACCAUCUUCAACAACCUAGACCACUUGAUAUGCACCUUCCUAGACCCACCCCUCCGCCCGGCCAUCGACCCGAACCACGUCCUCUCCGGCAGCCUAGCUCCCGUGUCGGAGCUCCCACCCACCCCAUGCACCGUAACGGAGGGCUCCCUCCCGCCCUGCCUCGACGGCGCCUACAUCCGCAACGGCCCAAACCCUCACUUCACCCCGAAGAGCCGACCCUACCACUUCCUCGACGGCGACGGGAUGCUCCACGUCAUCAAAAUAUCUCAAGGCAAACCACCCACCUUCUGCUGCCGCUACGUCAGCACGCACAAACACGCAGCCGAGCGUGACGCCGGCUACCCCUUCGUCCCCAGCGUCUUCUCCUCCUUCACCUGCACCGCGGCCUCCACCGCCCGCGCCGCGCUCCUCGCGGCCCGCGUGAUCUCCGGCCAGCUCGAUCCGGCCAAUUGCGGCUUCGGCGCCGCAAACACGAGCCUAGCCCUAAUUUCCGGCCGCCUCUUCGCCCUCUGCGAGUCCGAUCUCCCCUACGCCGUUGAAUUGACGGCGGAGGGGGAUUUGAAAACCCUAGGCCGCCACGGCUUCGGAUCCGCUGCCGACGAUCCGUUUUCGACGAUGACAGCGCAUCCGAAGAUCGAUCCGAUCACCGGAGAAGCCUUCGCGUUCGCUUACAACAUCGCGCCGCCGUUCCUGACGUUCUUCCGGAUAGAUUCCGGCGGUAGAAAGCGAACGAAUGUGCCGAUUUUCUCCAUGGAGAGCUUUUCGUGCGCUCAUGAUUUCGCCGUGACGGCGAAUUACGCCGUCUUCUUCGACAUCCAGAUCACGGCGAACCCGUGGUGGAUUUUGCGGGGGAGGCCUCCGAUGGGGGCGGACACGGCGAAGGUGGCGCGGCUGGGGAUUAUUCCGAGAUACGCGGAGGACGAGAAGGAUAUGCGGUGGAUUGAGGCGCCGGAGCUAAAUGUGCUGCACUGUGUGAAUGCCUGGGAGGAAGACGACGAUGCCGCAGCCAUAACUAUGGUGGUGUCGAAUGCAACGUCGGUGGAGAAUGUGCUCGAGCGAAUCGAUUUAGCAGAGCUGAAGAUGGAGAAGAUCACGGUGAAUCUGGAGACGGCAACGUUGGAGAGACGACAGCUGUCGAAGAAACCUCUUGAUUUCGCAGUAAUCAAUCCGGCUUAUGCGGCUAAGGAAAAUAGGUAUGUGUAUGCGGUAAUACUAGGAAAGCAGACGGGGAUUGGGGUUGUGAAGCUAGACUUAAGCAUGGAGGGUGGCGAGGAAUGCACGGUGGCUAGCCGUUUGUACGGGCCGGGCUGCUACGGUGGCGAACCAUUUUUCGUGGCAAGGGAUCCGGAAAAUUCGGCAGCAGAGGAGGAUGAUGGUUAUUUGGUGACAUACGUGCAUGAUGAAAAUGCUCAAGAGUCAAAGUUUUUGGUUAUGGAUGCAAAGUCGUCUACCCUGGACAUUGUUGCAGCCGUCAAGCUGCCACAACGGGUGCCUGGUGGCUUCCACGGCCUCUUUUUGUCGGAACUCGAACUUCAUAAAAUCCGGAUGGCAUCAUCCUAA